CAUGUUGGGAAUAAGUCAAUGGCGCGGUGCAUGAGAAGUUGCCGUGCGGAAUAACCACAAAAAGGGAGACAAAUAACAACAUGUCUUUUUCGGGUUUUGGGACACCUUUUGGUGGACAAAGUACCACAGCUUCCAAACCUGCGUUUGGGUUUGGGACUACUGCGACAGCUUCAACAGCCACACCAUUUGGUUUUGGAACAACGAGCAAGACAACAGCGGCUGCUCCCUCUCUCUUUGGAGGGUUUGGGACAACAACAGGAACAGCAACGACUGCCAGCACUGGGUUUGGUUUGGGUACCACGGGGGUUGCAUCUACAGGGUUAGGUGGGUUUGGUACGGGCAUUGGUACCGGGCUCUCUACAGGCUUUGGUACAACAACGACACAACUGCAGCAACAACAACAACAACAACAACAACAACAGCUGCAGCAACAACAACAACAGCAAGGCGUAGGAGCAGAUUUAAUGAGUAUAUCAAGUGCCCUGCUGAUGCCGACCAUCUACGGAGACGAGAGGGAUGCCAUCAUCGCCAAAUGGAACCAGCUUCAAGCAUUCUGGGGUACUGGGAAGGGUUACAUCAACCAGAGUAGCUCAGUUCCCUUUACACCUGAGAAUCCAUUCUGCAGAUUCAAGACAGUGGGGUACAGCGUGAAGCCCACCUCUAAAGAUGAGGAUGGUUUGGUCAUCCUCCACUUUAAGAAGAAGGAGGAGGAAAUCCGCAGCUUGCAACAGCAGCUGGUGGACUCGCUGUUCAAAAUCCUGGGGAGUAAAGCGACGUUAUCCGUGUGCGUGGAAAGCGUCAAACAGCUUCCAGACGGAAAGACAGAGGUGGUGAUCUACAUCCAGGAGCGAGCACCCACCGGCCUGACCAGGAAGAUUCCAGCCUCGACAGCUUUCAGCUUCUUCAGCCAGGCCAACACCAAGAUGCAGCUUGGCAACCUGGGUGUGGUCGACAUGGUACCCAAGCUUGCCCUCUCAGAGGCGCAGGUAGACACAUACCUGGGCACCCCACCACUAGGAUACGAUCCAAGGCUUUGGAGGCAGGCAAAACUUGACAAUCCUGACCCAGAAAAACUGGUUCCGGUGCCAAUGGUUGGAUUCCACACACUAAAGAGCAGACUGGAAAACCAAGAGCAGCAGACCAAACAGCACCAAGCCAGAUUAGACAUGAUCAGUCAAGAUCUGGAGACAUUACAACACAAGCAGACGACAGUUCAAGCCAAGAUUGCAGAGUACAAGAGACGACACCUGGAACUGUCCCACCGUGUCCUUGGGGUGAUGGUGCGGCAGGAGACGCAACGCAAAGCGGGCGUGGCCAUCGGGAUGGAGGAAGAGCAGCUUCGGACGAGGCUGGAGGGUAUACAGGCAGAGGUCAAUGCACCGACACAGAUGAAGGGACGACUGAAUGAAAUGAUGUCACAGAUUAGGCUCCACAGUCACCUACCUGGCGGACGUGGGUCUGAGCAGCACACGAUAGCCAGUGAAAUGCAGCAGGAAAUUAGACAGCACCUGAAACACCAGCAAGAAGGUUUGAGUCACCUCAUCGCUACCAUCAAGAGCGACCUUGUAGAUCUUAAACUCAUCGAUCAAGGUCUACAAGAAACUGCCUUACAACAACGCUGAGGACGGACAAAACACCACCAAAACUUUAACCUAUGAGAUUGCCGAGUACAGUCUACUCUUGUUGUGACUGGGAGCAAGUUCAAGUGCACACAUUUAGUUGACCUGUGAUUGACAACUGACCAGCAACGUACAUGCGCAGUGACACACUCACAGAGAAAUGAGAGGCAAUGCCCUUUGUUGCCCCUGGUCAGUGCCUUGGUGCCCCAUGAAAUGUUCCGUUAAUAUUUGGUAUAAUUUACUCAACGAAAUGUCCUUUAACCCAACAAGAAAAUGCAUUGGCGCCUUUCGACCUUCAAAAAACAGAGCAUAGAGCCUGCAAGUUUGUUGGUCUUGAAAGGGUGAAUCACAAGUACGUGGUGCUUAGUUAUAUUCCAGCACCCCCUAUCUAAAAAAUGUGGGGUGUUGCUUCCCCGCACCCUUGCGGGCCUCUGCUCACUUGGCAUCUUGAUGGAUGGUAUUUCAGGACAGACAAAACUGUUUGAACAUCUCUUGAUCAAGGUUAGGUAAAAGGAGCUGCCUUGUGUAGGAGUCCAGAUAAUGGAACCUCCCAAAAAAUGUAUCACAGUUCAGGUCUUUGCAACAGAUUUUUAUGAAAUUAAUAAAACAGAAUUGGUAGUUUGUAAAAAAGUUGUUGUUAUGAACUUGUGUCAUAUCUUUGUGAUGUUUCCCUGAUUAAAUUUGUUAUCAUCCCCAAAAUUAUAUUCUAAUAAAUAAGUAGGCAACACGAUUUUAUAUAGACAGAAAUGCAUCAUGAAUCAAAUGUUUCAUUUGAUAAUCGAUAUACUUGGUUUAUUAUAAAAAAAUAAAUAGAAUGUACAAUACACAAUUAUUCAUGAAUAUCAGCCAAUUUUCAGUGCAUACAUAAAAUAAACCAUGUCGAUUUUUCACUUUGUUCUGGACAUCAUGGUACCGAAAAUCAGGUUUAAAUCACAAUAUUUUCAAAGCACAAGCAAUAAGUUUAUAGAACCUUGCAGAGACCUCAAGACAAUGGACACCUUGCGUUAGAUGUCACAACCUCAAACAGUGCCCUCACCGAGGUCAAAGUAAAGGCCCGGUCACACAGGCCAUGAUAACGAGAACGAAAACGUUAAAAAUGCACGCCCUCGAUUGGUUGAAUAUAAAGCAUGGGCGUAUUCUGCGAGGAGCAAUUCACCCAGUGUGCAGUGUGACUUUUCCUAUCAUGGCUGAGAGUUGCGAUUGCCAGGGGUCUUCAGAAGUGCAAGGUCUCCGCAGGGAGAUUCUAAAGAGAACGAUGUUCCAAAGGGAAUUUCGGUGAACAAAACGUCUCUACAGGGAUGUAUAUUUAUGGAUGUGUGUAUUAACAUACAUCAUUUGUAACUUCAUUGGAUCAAGUUCAAAUUACAAGAAAGAAUACAAACAAAAUGGAAUACAAUUAUCAGAUAAACUUGCUGUAAACAGUAUGAAAAAUAUUUUUGUUGCCACUGAUUAAUUUCAGAAAAUGUCUCAACCUCUAAUCUCUAGUAAUAAAUAUACUGAGCCUCAUUCAAUCAACCGCUAUCUAAGAUUACACCCCACUGUUCCGACACCCCACUGUUCCGACACCCCACUGUUCCGACACCCCACUGUUCCGACACCCCACUGUUCCGACACCCCACUGUUCCGACACCCCACUGUUCCGACACCCCACUGUUCAGACACCCCACUGUUCUGACACCCCACUGUUCCGACACCCCACUGUUCCGACACCCCACUGUUCCCGACACCCCACUGUUCCGACACCCCACUGUUCCGACACCCCACUGUUCCGACACCCCACUGUUCAGACACCCCACUGUUCCGACACCCCACUGUUCCGACACCCCUAUACUGUCCUAACCCUAACUGUAGCAGAUAGAGUAGUUUUGAUUUAUGUAGUCUGAGAUAUCUUAACAUGAUAACGAUCCCCAUUACAAACUGGAGAAGAUAUCUGUAUUGCAAAAACAUCUGAGCCCAAUUUCAUAGAGCUGCUAAGCACAAAAAUUUGCUUAUAAAAACAAGAUUACCAACCAAAUUUUCACAG